AUGGAUGAUAAUGAUGACCAGUCAAUUUUCCAAAGGUUAUUCUGGUGUAUCUAUCAGAAACGAUGUCAUGAUUCUUCUGGGCAAAAGGAAUCUGAACUUACAGUGGAUACAGAAAAAAUAAUACAUGUAGACAAAUCUUCUACGAUACAAAAAAAUUAUGCUUCAUUAACUAAUGCUGAAAAUUUAGACAACCUCACCAAUAAUAAAACUUCGCUGCUUGGACUUUUAAAAUUUUGCGGCAUUUCUACUGAUUGUUGCCCAAUACUUCAAUUGCAUACAAAAACUCCGGACAAUAUUGUUCGGUUGAAUUCACCUAGUAAACAAUAUGGUACAAACUCAUUGGAUGGUACUGUUGAUUCAGUUCAAGAAUCGAAGAAUUUGGAAUCUGUUAUAAAAAGGUCUCCCGUAUCACUUUCUCCAUCAAUCGCUAAUCGUCGACAUCAGACACCUCCUCCACAUUUACUUAAUUCUUCGUUCAUGGCAACCAGUCCACCAGUUGAAACUCAGUUGUAUCAUAUUCAACCUAAAGAAUUUGUAUUCACUCAAGCAUGUAAACCAAUGCCUAGUUCACUUAUGCUACAGAAUAAUAGUUUGGGUGCAUUCACACUUACUCCAACACAACUUUUGCACAAUCCACUCAUAUUAAAUACAUCAGCUGAUGUUUUACAUUCUCAUUGUACACCGUGCGAAUCACAAUCUGCACCAUGUAGUCAAACUUUAAUCACAACCCAACCGUUACCUUUAUUAAAUUUACCCUAUAGUCAUGUUACCUGUCCCAAUUCAGAUACAGUUACUCAGGAAUUAAAUCAUUCAUCAUGUACUAACACUACUAGUUGUACUGGUGGUAGUACACAAGUCCCGAAAACCUAUCCAGGUAUUGGAUUCACUGCGAGUCGUCGAGCGCGAUCCAAAGGUCUUUUGGAAAGUCGUAGAGGAUCACGUACAUCACUUACAUUAUCUUUAUCUCCGUCAAUUGAUUCCCCUACUCCUAGCUGUUCUGUAGGAUCAGCACAGUUUAGUGUAUUUGGUGGCAGUCUUGAUGAAGAUCCAUGCACAGCUGAAGUUUUGUCAGAAGAAAAUGAAUCUGGCAAUUUAACAUGUCAACGUAAUCGGGAUUUAGAACAAUUAAUAAAUGCUAGCCUACCAUUAACGUACGAUCAAUUGAAAAUUAAACUACGCGAUAAUUCUACAGCUUUAUUUCAAGAGUUUUGGGAUAUUCCUAUGAAUCAUGCAGAUAAAAAAGAAUUGCCUAUACCUGGGAUUUGUCAUAAAAAUCGUUAUCAAUCUAUUCUUCCAAAUUUCUCAACUCGUGUUAUAUUACCUGUUAUCAACAAUGAUAUAACUUCCAGCUAUAUUAAUGCAAAUUAUAUUAAAGGUUAUAAAAGUCGUCCAAAUGCAUUUAUUGCUACUCAAGGUGUUAUGCCACAUACAAUAAAUGAUUUUUGGCGUAUGGUAUGGCAUUCUCAUGCACCGACCAUUGUUAUGAUUACGAAAUUGGUUGAAAAUAAAGAAGUCAAAUGUGAGUUAUAUUUACCUGAUUCUUCUGGUGAAGAGGAUGUAUUAUCAUUUGUGGAAAGUCAAUCAUUUACUACUAGUCCAUUAUUCAAAAGUGGUCCAUGCACACCUGAUUUCGAUGCUAUGAAUAAUAAUACUAAUACUGCUACUACCAAUAAUAAUAAUAAUAAUCCUUUAUCAUCUGUAAAUAUUGUUGCAACAAAUAGUACACAGAUUACAAGUAUUUCAACGAAUCCAUUAUUACCAACUUUAUCAUCACCGUUCUUUUCACAGUCUUCAACAUUAUCAUAUCAUUGUGGGCAUUCAAAUGAUCAGUCCGAUAUUGAUACAACUAAUAUUAGCUCACCUAUUUCAACUGGUUCUAUUAUUGCUACUACUGAACCAACUGGAAUUCUCCGCAGUGGAAAAGAUAUAUCAAAACAUUUACACGAUAGUGGCAUAGCAAGUGUAGAUGACCAAUCUUCAAUAACAGAUAAUAGUAAUGUAAUAUUUACUAACAAUAAUUAUAAAAAUAACAAUAACAUGACUGAUAAUCAAAACAGUGGAAAAUUAUCUAAUGAUCGAGGCAUAAAUUUUUAUCAAUCCAUAUCAUUGCCUGGUACCAGCAAAACAUUUGGAAAUAUAAGUGUUAGUGUGUUGUCGUUGGAAAGACAUGAUGGAUAUAUAGUACGUCAUCUGCGAUUAAGUUGUGGUACAGAAAAUAGAGAAGUUAUUCAUUUCUGGUAUGUUGCAUGGCCUGAUCAUUCAUCCCCUGAAGCUACUGCUUCUGUACGUAGUUUAAUUGAACUUGUACAAGCUGUUGAAACUUGUCGUAAAAAUGCUAGUUCAUCGUCAAAAGUAAAAUCAACGGAUAAAUCUGAAAUCGAUUCAAAUAAUACUGAUGAAGAUGUAAAUUUUACAUAUUGUAAAAAAUCACCAGAUUCUCAAUGUUUUCAUGCUUCAUCCUAUCGUCCUAAACUAAUUCCAUCUUUACAAAAAAUGGAAUUAGAUCAGUUGGAUCAUGAAGAUGCACCAAUUAUUGUACAUUGUAGUGCAGGUCUUGGACGUACUGGCUGUUUUAUUGCUUUAUGUAUAGGUUGUGAACAACUUGAAAAAGAAGGUAUGGUUGAUGUAUUAAAAAUAGUUAGUCGAAUGAGAUUAGAUCGUGGCGGUAUGGUACAAAGUAAUGAACAAUAUGAAUUUAUUCAUCAUGUUCUAGCUGCUUAUCCAUUAAAUAAAAAAAACCGUCAAUGUGAAUCAUCCUCAUUUACCUGUGAUGUAAAACAUAGUAGUAGUUAGUUAAUGGUUUAUUUAAUUACAUAAUAAAUUUUGCUUAUCAUUGUUCCUACAUACUUUCAUUUAAUCAAGUCGUAUUAUGCACUAAAUUUCUGUGUAAAUACUUAAGCUUCCAUGCAUAUACUUUUUUAUAGCAUUUAUUGUUAUUUCAUUAGCUAAAUGUUAGCAAUUAUUCCGAGAUUAGAAUGCAAUAUAUAAUAUAUAUAUAACUUGUAAAGAUACCUUAUAAAUAAAA